AUGGCGCCAGCAUUGUCGACAUUGGCCCUCGCUGCUACUUUACACGCCGCGUACACCUUCGCUGGAUCAAGCGGCAGUCAUGCCAUCCACCUUGAUGUUCCAAGCACCUGUGAAGGAGCCUCGAUCAAGCAUUCCCCAUCGUACACAUCCUUCUCCUUCGAGCCAGCGUUCUGGGUAGAGUUCUUCGGCAACUUGACAGAACCCAACACUUUCACCUUUGGUGCUAUCAACACGCUGAUCGAGCAUGGCCUCCGUCCGGUCAUCCGCCCAGGUGGCAUUACCAUGGACAGCUUGAUCUUCGAACCAACAGCAGGCGAUCCCGUGAGAACCACUAGCCCGGCAGGAGGUGUGUACAGAACAACAGUCGGGCCUGCUUACUACGAGAGCUGGUCCAAUUUCCCAAACGGGACCGACUUUGUCUCGACGCUGAAUUUCGGCAACGACAGUCUGGACAUUGCUCGAGAUAUGGCAGUUGCCUCUGUCGAGUAUCAGCCGGACUUGAUCAAGUACUUUGAGCUUGGCAACGAGCCUACGAACUACCCUCCUGCUCGAUGGGCCAAUUCAACUGAAAAUUAUGUAAGACAAUGGCAAAACUGGACCGCGGAGAUCGAUGCUGCUGUGAAUGGUCGAAGCAAGGGCGAGUGGUGGGCCAGCUCAGCGACAACGGAUGAGACACCACUGCACGUCCGGCCUGCCGAUCUCAUUCCUGCCGGUAUCAACUCAGGAGGGGAGGUCGCAGAGUACUCAAUUCAUAGCUAUGCAUUUGCCACGUGUGACCCGGAGAGAGCCGCGCUGGCCACGACUGCAAACAUCCUCAACCACACCGGCCUUGUCGAAUAUGCGGACACAGAGAUUGUGCCCUCCGCACAAGCCGCUCUGGACUCCGGUAAGCCAUGGAUCAUCGGCGAAUUCAACUCGAUUGCUUGCUCUGGGCAACCAAACGUGUCCGACUCGUUCGCGCAAGCGUUGUGGGAAGUAGACACCGAGCUCAUCUAUGCGGUUCGCAAUGCAUCCGCGACAUAUCUGCACCAAGGAGCGACAUUAGUGUUCCAGAGCAACCAGCAGACCAACAGCGCGGGCGACGAUGGUACACCUGGCUUUUCCACAUACUCAAUGCUCUAUCCCGUAACAAGCUCGAAGCGCGGCGAGCAGAGAACACUUCCUGGUUUUGCUGGCAUUCUCUUCCUUGCGGAGGCGUUCGCGGUGCAGGACACUCAGAUUCGAGCCUUGCCAACGCCUGAGGGCCUAAGCGAAGAUCACUUCUCGGCAUACGCGUUCUAUCUUGGUGAUCGCCUGACGAAGCUGGCUCUCAUCAACAUUAGACCGUAUCACGCCAACUCCACCAGCGACUAUGCCGCAUCCUUCAAACUUCCUUCCCAGUCCAAGCAUGGUCGCUUCAGCCGUGGACAAAAGGCUUAUGCCAAGAGGAUGACGGCUCCGCACGUUGACGAGAAGGAUUCUAGCAAGGUGACAUGGGCUGGUCAGUCAUUCAAGAACGGCACUUCUGUCGAAGAGGUCGCCAUUGAGCAGAUUGGCAAGGAUGACAUCGUGACGGUCAGAGGCAGCGAGGCGUUGCUGAUCUUCUUCGAUCAAGACGAGUGCUAUGGUCUCGAAUCGCCGACUAAAGGGAAAUCGUGGGGCAGACGGUGGCGGCAUUGGUGGUCUCGAUCUAGUUCAGUGUAA